UUCCCUGACAUCACCACAUCUCUGUGCUAGUAGCCCCUGGAGGCAGGUAUUGAGGCUGCACAGUGCACACCAUGGACUGAAUGGGGGAAUGCCGCAUCAGCACCAGCAGCAGCAUCAUCAAGAGACAAGCAGGUGCCAGGCUCGGAGCGCCCAUCGGGUACAAGCGGAGGGGUCGGGGCUGACGGGUGCUGCUGGAACACCGGCGUGCGUUGCCUAGUGACAGGUGGAUGUCAGACUGAAGAACUGGGAGUGGCACCGCCUGGCUUUGUAUCCCGGCACAUUGCAGUCUGCCCACCCGCCCGGCAUCGGGGAACAGCUGGGAAAUGCUGUAUUGGCUGAAGGAAGAAGAGAUGUCACACCACGAGCUCACCCAGAGGCUGGCCACUGUCAUCACCCAUGUCGACGAAAUCAUGCAGCAAGAGAUCAGACCCCUGCUUGCCGUGGACCUUAUGGAACAGCUUCAUCGGCAGUUUGCUAUCUUGCCGGGGGGAAGAGGGAAUGAUGGAGCACCCAUAAUAACCUUCCCUGAAUAUCCCAACUUCACAGAAAUUCCCGAUGAUGAUUUUGUGAAUGUUAUUACCUACUUAACAAGCAUUCCCAGUCUGGAAGCAGCCAGCAUUGGGUUUGUCGUAAUCAUAGACAGACGGAAGGAUAAAUGGAGCUCCGUGAAGGCCUCUUUGACACGUAUAGCGGGGGCUUUUCCGGGGAACCUGCAGCUAGUGUUUGUUUUGCGGCCAUCUCGGUUUAUUCAAAGGGCCAUUUCUGACAUUGGCAUUAAACUCUACAGGGAUGACUUAAGAAUGAAGGUACCGAUUAUUAUGUUAAACUCUGUUUCGGAUCUCCUUGGAUACAUUGACAAAAGCCAGUUAACUAAUGAAUUGGGAGGCAGUCUGGACUACAGCCAUAGUCAAUGGAUACAGCACAGAACUGCUAUUGAGAGCUUUGCUCAGGUUGUGAAGACUACAGCGCAGAGUUUGCAGACAUUUGGCACACGCCUGGCAGAAACGGAACUCCCAAAUGAUGUCAUCUGCACUGAGGAGCUACUCGUGUCGCAUACAGAGCGCCAGACCAAGCUCAAAGAUGAUUUAAAGCUAGCUGUGCAACAAGGUGGGACUCUGCUGACAUGUAUAAAGGAGCCAGUGUCCAAAAACCCAAGCUGCAAGCUGACACCGGAUGAGCUGGAGAACAUGGCUACUGUUGAAAGAUUACUGGCCCAGCUGGAUGAGACAGAAAAAGCGUUCAACCAGUUCUGGAGUCGCCAUCAGCUAAAGUUAGAACAAUGCCUGCAGCUGCGACACUUUGAGCAUGAUUUCAGAGAGCUAAAGCUUACUCUGGAUGCACUGAUGGACACUCAAGCUGCUUUCACAGACAUUGGAGAUAGCGUAUCACGUGUAGAACAUCUUCUCAAGGAGCUGAAGCAGCUGGAAGAAAAAGGACAGGAGCUAUUGGAAAAAGCCCAGUUACAUGCUCUUCAUGGGGAUCAGCUGAUUCAGAACAACCACUAUGCUGUUGACUCCAUCAGGCCAAAAUGUAUAGAGCUGCGGCGUAUAUGCGAUGACUUCACUAACGAGGCCAAGAAAAAGUAUGACAUCCUAAGAAAAUCACUGGAUUUGCACCAGCAACUUGACAAGGCUAACCAGUGGUGUGAAGAUGGAAUCUAUCUCUUAGCUUCUCAAGCUGUGGACAAGUGCCAGUCACAGGAUGGAGCAGAGUCAGCACUCCAGGACAUUGAAAAGUUUAAUGGACGCUCAAUGGGUCACCAGCUGUCCAAUACAACAGAAUUCUACAACAAAUAUGAAACAAUUCUCUCCUCUGAGAUAAAGGCAAGUGUUCAAAAAGUACUACAGAAGCUGACUGAUGUUCAGGAAAUGUUUGAAAAGAGACAAGCAAGCUUAAAAAAACUAGCAGCCAAACAAACUAGACCUGUACAGCCUGUAGCUCCACAUCCUGAGUCUUCACCAAAGAGAGCUUCCCCUAAGACAGCCAGGCCAACAUCUCUAGCCACAACACGAAGAGUACCAGAUGUCCCAUGUGCCCCUCCAAAAUCUCUCUCUGAAGCUGAUCUGGCCAGAAAAAGGAACAAUAAGAAGACAAAAGGUGGAAUAAAGAUUGAAGUAAUGCUUGAAGCAAGUCAAGGUGGAACUAGUAGAUCACUAGCUAUGAGUGAAAGUGAAGAAAAUCUCUGUACAAGAAAAAGCCAUAUAAUUAAUGAGCUAAUAGAAACAGAGCGUGUUUACGUUGAAGAGCUACAAAGUAUACUAGAGGGUUAUGCAUCAUCUUUGGACAAUCCCGAAAUGAAUCCAUUGAUUCCUGUGGUUUUACAGAAUAGCAAAGACGUCCUUUUUGGAAAUCUUCAAGAAAUCUACGAAUUUCACAAAAGAACUUUUCUUAAAGAACUGGAGAAUUGUACUGAAGAUACAGAUUCACUUGGAAAAUGUUUUUUGAAAAGGAAGGAAGACCUUCAAAUUUAUGAAAAGUACUGCCAAAAUAAACCAAGAUCAGAAGCCCUUUGGAGGCAGUGCGCUGAAAGCAUUUUUUUUCAGGAAUGUCAACGAAAAUUGGAUCACAAACUUUCUUUGGAUGCCUAUCUUUUGAAACCAGUCCAGAGAAUUACAAAGUAUCAGCUGCUUUUGAAGGAAAUGCUGAAGUGCAGCAAAAAUUCAGAAGGCACAGCAGAAUUAGAGGAAGCUCUUUCAACUGUGUUAGAUAUAAUCAAAUCAGUCAAUGAUUCUAUGCAUCAAAUAGCCAUUACUGGAUACGAGGGGGAUCUCAGUGACCUAGGGAAGCUGCUCAUGCAAGGCUCCUUUAAUGUGUGGACUGACCACAAGAAGGGCCAUAAUAAAGUGAAAGAUCUGGCCAGAUUCAAGCCAAUGCAGAGGCAUCUCUUCCUGUAUGCAAAAACCCUUCUCUUCUGCAAGAAGAGGGAAGAGAGCACUGAGGGGCAUGAGAAGUCACCUUCCUAUAGUUUUAAGCAUGCUCUGAAGAUGAGUUCUGUUGGUAUCACUGAAAAUGUAAAAGGAGAUAAUAAGAAGUUUGAAGUAUGGUAUAAUGGCAGAGAAGAAGUGUACAUAAUUCAGGCAUCAUCUAUUGAGCAGAAAAGUCUGUGGGUUUCUGAAAUUAGAAAAGUACUAACAGGGCAACUUGAGGCAUGCAGAGAAGCUAGUCAGUUACAUCAGAGGAUAACAGAGAGUGUGUACCAUGCUCCAAUGAAUUCUACAAUUACUAGGUCAAACAAAGCAUCCCUGAACAACCAAAAUAAAGCAGAAUCCUCCAGUCAAAAUUCACUCAACAACAAGUACAGAACAACAAGUCCAGCCGGAAGACAUACAAAAGCUGAUAAACCUGCCAGUCAUAACCUAGAGCGCUCAGCGCUUGCUAGAAAGAGAUUCACAUUGCAGGGUCUCUCCAACCGCAGAACUCCACUCAAAGAACCAGAGUCUAAGGAGAAAGAAGCAACUCGCCGAUUUUCUUUAGCUUCCUCUAUCAGUUCAACUUCUAUAAAAGUUCCAACUCGUAUAAAAGGUCCUCUUGGUCCUGAUGUGAAAGCAAAGAGACAUGAAAUAAAGAGCGACCCUACUCCCUUGGGUCUAGAAGGUUGGCCAAGACAUCUGAACUCCUUAGAAACAUAUGAAGAUUUUUCUGCUAUUCCAUCCAGCAAUGAGGAACUUUCAAAUUCUUCUGAUAUUGAAGAAGAAACCACUACUUUCAAAGGGUCAAAGAUUUUCUCAGUGGGAAGCAGUUUUGAAACAUGUUCACCUAGCACGUUUUCCCUCAAAGAAGGGGAUGUAGUAUAUUUCAUACAGUGCGGAGAGAACGGACAGUGGUUAGUGAAGGAUCCUAUAUCAAAAAGAAAAGCCUGGGUGCCGUGUAAUAUAUUGACACCAGCAGCAUCUACUAAUGUGUGCCAGAAGGACAACAUCACAGCUUACAGUGACACGUGCCAAAUGUCAGUGGCAUCCGCCUCCAUGAAAGAGAAGCAGAACGAACACACAAGGAGUCUUGUAACAGAACAGAAGGCAGUAAGUUGAACUCCUGAAGUGGCAGCUUUGAGUCAUCAGUGGUUGUGUUACCCAGCCUGUAUCUACCAACUGACACAUAUGGUUUCUGGUUGAUCCUGUGGAAAGGCAGUGCGAAGAUCUGCAGAGCGUGGUAUUCCAAGAAGAUGAAAUUCUUGUAUGUAUUAUUUUCUACCAUGACCUACAUUAGGUCUACAUCAGAGAGGAAAAUGAACUAUGCAUUUGACUCUGUGCGGCUUCUGGUUUCACUGCGGCUGAAGAACUCUUUUCCAUCUUGAGAUUGUUUCAUAUUGACUUAAUAUCCUUCUUACUUGCUGAAUGCACAGAUAAAAGCUUUACUGGUUCCAAAAGCACUUUGCAAAUAAGUCUGUGCAACGAGAUUGUGUUUUUUAGGUGUUGACAUCUUGGUUCUAGUUUGGCCCCAACUACACAAGGCAUAUUAAUCAUCUAUAAGCAUGAGAUUUAACCCCUGGUUGGGUACUGCCCAAAUUGAAAUCAGUGUACUGCAUACUAGGUAAGCCUAGGUUCACACGUGAGCAGGCCGUGCAGCCCACGUUUGCUCAGGCACAGCGACCCUUCGCUUGAAUGGGCUGCUGUGCCUACAUUGCAGGUGACCAAUGCGAUUUACCUGCAGUUCCCAGAAACAGGCUGCAGGGGACCAUGCGAUUUAAUGCGGUUCCCACAAACGUGCUGCAGGAGAUGUGUAGGGGUGCCAUUCAGACUGAAUGUAAGCCCUGCUCGUCUCGUAAGAGCAGCAUGAUUUUGUUGAGGGUGCGGGCACAGGUGUGAUUCCUGCACCCACAAUCAGCCUGCAGGCAAGUGUGAACUUAGCCUGUCUGCAAGGGGUCACACCUCGUGUUCACAAGGAAUUAACAUUUCCGGGGCAGUUGAACCAUCAUGCUAUAUUCAAUGUGUAAUGUAUUAGCUCUUAACAAAUUCUUUAUUUUAUGUCUUUGUACACGCACAGUGAUUUUCCCCUCUUCCCAGGAAACUUUACUGGAUCUUCGCUAAAUUCAAGACAUUGUAGUAGUGUGCUUGUCUUUUAUCAUUUCUCUUGAAUGAAUGAUUUGCACUUUGAUAUCACAAUGUUGUAUGGAUAAAGAAAGUACUGCUAAUAUAAAAGUCACAUAACUUGCAUCUCUACAGAACUAUCACUUACCACAGUAAGGGGUCUAGUCAUUAAAACGUUUGCUAGACGAACAUCAUAAGCAUUUGCCCAGCUGUCACAAAAUCUGACCAUAUUUAGAAUAACAUGGACAGGCGUUUUUAAGCUGUAAAAAACGCUCAGAAAAGUGGCUGUAAAAACGCCAGUGGAAAUGAAGCCUUACAGUGAUUUUCUAUGAUUGUCCGCUCCAUCUAGAGGCCAUAUUUCAAAACAAUUCCACAUUAUGACCACUAGAUGGGGUGACAAUUAUAGGGAAAUCAAUGGAUUAAGCAAAAACGGACAGAUGUUGAAACAACUGGGCAAAUGCUAAAGAAUUUUUAUCCUGCUAAUUUUUUGUAAAGGGAUCCCCAAGAGUCAAGCAAGUGUAUUCACUAGAGUUAAAGUAAAAUGUGCAUAGUGCAGUAAUCUAUAUCAUUCAAUCACAAUUUACCCUACUGAAGCCAGAAAGUAUAAAAGAUUCUGAUUGGUUGCUAUUGUUACUGCAGUUUGCAUUUUAUUACCUGCACUGAUCUAUUGAAUAAGCCCAAAGAUCUUCUGCUAUGAAGAGUUCUGCUACUUACUGCCAGUAUUGUUCUAGAUAAUGUAGUUGAUCUGUUGAAAAUAUUGAUCUAUUUGUUCCUCUUAUACUGUAUCUAGAUGUAAUCUAAGAUCUUAAUUUGUCAUAAUUAGCCCAAAUGGCCACUAAUUAUGGCCUAAUUUUGCUGCUUCCGUCUAUCAGUAUUGUGUGCCAGUCCUAUGGACCUCAUUAGGGCCUCUACUGACAAACAGAUGUGCAGCUUUACACAAUGCCAGCAAAUACACAUCUACCCAAAACAAAAGUACUCAUUUGUCACUGUUAUUUAUUAAAUAUGAAUGUUAAAAACAUGAUUUAUUUUUACAUGUCAUUGAAUGCACAUAUUUUCCUGAUAGGUGAUUUUCUUUUAUAAUUUUGUGCAUAGUAUUUUAAGGCCAACUUCACUCCAGUGAUAUUUCUGAUUCAGAUAGACAGCAGCAGGUUGCACAAUCCACCGGUUUAUAAUCUUUCUCUAGAUCCUUCUAGCCUCCUACCAUAACAGAGCAAUCAUCCUGUUGCAUUUGUGUUCCCCAGUUGUUUUUUCUACACUGUGGAGAAUCCCGCAGGAUGGUGGGUAUAAACCUGGCCAAGUCACAAACUAGAGCAGGAAUGUGUGGACCAGCUUAGAACUUUGAAGGCAAGGUCUCUUUUCUAGGGAAGUGAGUGACUUGAACCCAGAACUGAAUCAUCAGCACUGAAAAGAAUUAUCAUCAUAUAGCCGAGUUCACAAGAUCAACAUACGUUCUCACCCACUGUCUCACUCACGGAUCACCAUUUCCAACAUUUCUGUAGGUUGGCAUCCACCUGGGGAUAAGACUCCUGGCAUCUGAGUUCAGCAAAUAGAGCAGUAAUUACUACUAUAUCCCCUCCACAGAUAGUUACAGGUGCAAUGUGGUAUCCAGUCAUUCCGACAUACCAUCUCCUUCUCACGUGUGUGUUACCCUGGUGUAUAGAAGGGAACUUCCUCCUUCACAUUCAUGGUAUAUAGGCAAGCAUGAAAAAAAAACACAGCUUUAUGGCGGUGAUCUGCAAAUUUUUUUUUUGUGACUGCGACAUUAUG